UUUACUAUCAAGUUAUUUUGUGCUGAUUAUGAUUUACACUCUUAUAAUAAAUUUUAAAAUUUAAUAGUUUGAUAAUUUACUUAUCGAGAUCUGUUUAAAUAAUUUUGCAUAAUUAAAAUGGAUCUGUUUACGACCCUUCACAACUCAAAAUUAAGUGGACAACUUGGUUCUUGAAGUUCUAUUUUUGUUUUUGUGCUGGACAUAACCUAACCUUUCAUUUGUUAAAAAAACAAAGGUGCUUUUUAAGCCUUAGGGAAUUCUGUGUUUGUGUUGUUUGGUAAAUACUAAAAAUAUUUUACUAUGGAUGAUAAACGUGUUGCUGAUUAUUUUGUGGUUGCUGGGCUACCUGAAGAAUUGGAACCUGUUGAUGACAUAUCUAAAGAUGGAUAUCACUUGAAAUGGUACCAUACAAAACCUCCAAUUACGGACAUUGCAAUAGUAUUCUCAUCAUUAGGUGAGACAUGUCCAAAAGAUUUCGAGAUGAUUGAAGAAACACCUACUGGUCUAUCAGCUGAUCUGAAUCACGGCAGUCUCCGUAGUCCAAAGGUGUUUCUGUGUUAUCGGCGGGGCCGAGACCGACCUCCACUUGUAGAUGUUGGAGUGAUGUACGAAGGUAAGGAGCGUAUCCUGCCGGACUCUGAGAUUCUGGAGAAGAGCACGGGAGGCCGGGUGGCCAAUGUCAACAACUCAGUGGCCAAGACGUUCCUGACGUACCGACGGGCGCCUCCCAGCAUGCCGUGCAAUGCUCUGGUCGUCACGGAGAUCGUGGUGAUCUGUACCAGCAAGGGGGAGAUGCCGCCCCACGCCUUCUGUAUGAUCAGCAAGAACCUCAACAAGGGACUGGUGGGAGCCGACAUUUUUAUUUGUUACAAGAAGUCUAUGAAUCGACCAAAUCUCAUUACUUAUAAACCAGGUACCCUGUCGCGCUACCCCCACCACGACCAGGACAGUUUCCCCCUCCCACCCUCUGUGCCGUUGUUCUGUCUACCAAUGGGAGCCACUCUGGAAGCUUGGCCUUCGACAGCUCGUCAGCCGGACCCUGUCUUCUCAACAUUUGUACUUACUGUAUCCGAUGCAGCGCAGAAGGUGUAUGGAUCAGCUGUGACGUUCUAUGAGAGAGUUCCGCCAGACAAACUGACAGAGGAGCAGCUUCAUAAAUUAAACCCAGAGGGCGACACUGUCACAUACAACAUGAACAAAUGUAUCUGCCUGCUCUCCUGUUGGCCUUUCUUUGACACCUUUGAGAAGUUCCUGCUGUUUCUGUACCGCAUGUCCUGCGAAGGAAGCCAUGCUGUCCCUAUCGAGAGGUAUAUCAGUCAUCUACUGCAGGAGGUGCCGUUCCCCUCUGUGCAGCGUCCUCGAAUCCUGCUGCAGCUCUCUCCUGAAGAUUUGCUCAUGUUUACACAACCAGAAGAUCUGCCUCUUCCACGCAGUGGUGCAGGGUUCAGGCAGUUGCUGAUGAACCUUGGUCCUGACAACUGUCUGAUGCUGCUGUUGUGUGUGCUGACUGAGCAGAAACUGCUGAUACACUCACUGAGGCCUGAUGUGCUGACUGCUGUUGCCGAGGCUGCAUCAAUGAUCAUCUUCCCUUUCAAGUGGCAGUGCCCCUACAUCCCUCUGUGUCCAAUCUCCUUAGUAGAACUUCUGCAUGCCCCGCUGCCGUUCUUGAUCGGAGUUGACUCUCGGUUCUUCGACCUCUCUGAGCCUCCACGAGACGUCGUCUGUGUUGAUCUGGACACAAACAUAAUAACAUUGGGAGAAGCCAAGUACAAUCUGCACAUGUCGUUUCUACCCAAGAAGCCAGCUCGGAUGUUGCGCAACUCUCUGGCCAAGUUGCACGACAAGUUGCAUCUAUUGUUGCAGAGUGGUAUCUCCUCCGCCAACACCAUAGAUCUGGACUUCCAGAUGAAGCGCAAAGAGUUAAAUUUUGAGGUGGAAAUCCAAGAGGCCUUUCUGAGGUUCAUGGCCACCAUUUUGAAGGGUUAUCGUUCCUAUUUGCUGCCCAUCAUCAAAGCACCUACUGUUGGCACUACCGAUACCAACUCCCUCUUCAAUCUUAAAGCCUUUACCCUGUCACGGGAUAAGUCAGACAACAAGUUUUUCGCACUUAUUGUCAAAACACAAAUGUUCAUACGGUUUAUUGAAGAAAGAAGUUUUGUUUCCGAUAUGGAUGCUGGGUUGGCGUUUUUUGAUGACUGCACUGAAAAGCUGGCCGUGGCCCGAGCCAAGACUAAGCACCUGUUCCAGGACGGGGAGGUCAGACUGUUAGACAUGGACGAGUCUCAUCACAGUGAGCGAACGGUUUUCAUCAUGCCUCCAGAACCUGCUGGUCUCCCUGUCGACAACACCUACACCUACGAGGGCUUCAGCCUGAACCCGUUGCUGUUUUCGCACAAAGAGCCCAAGUCUCUGCUGAAGGCAGCUAGCGCCAGGGGUGGGGAGGGGGGGUUGGCGCCAGGCAGUCCAAUGGCUCGGCGCACCAAACAUGAGAUCAAGUCUGCUCAGAAACUAGCCAGGAAGUACGCUAGCUCUCCGGAACUGUGGGCCAAACUGCUACUGGGAACUUGCUAUAGCAUAUGGUUCAUCCAUCUCCCCAGUCAGGUGUUGGCAUCUCAAGGUCGUGCUGCUGCCACACUGAGAUCAGCACAAGAGUUGUUGGUCAGAUUACACAAGGCUGGCUUCACUAUCAGGGAUGAGGUGUGUUACAGAGUGAUGAUGCAGCUGUGUGGAGUGUAUAGUCAGCCAGUGUUGGCAGUCAAGCUGUUGUUCCUGAUGAAGAGGUCAGGUCUGCAGCCCAACGCCAUCACAUACGGCUUCUACAACAGAGCUGUGCUGGAGUCCACCUGGCCCUCGGACAUGCACAACAACAGCCAACUGUUGUGGAACAAACUCAGGAACGUGGUGAUGGGCGCAGCGCUGUUCCGUCAGGCUGGACGCCGCUGUGCCAAACAUCGUCGGCUGUCAACUGCCACAGAGGACGGCAACUCUCUGACAGCAGAGGCGGUGGACGGAGUGUCUCACACAUCCAUAGACAGCGCCACCUCUCACGACCCUCAACCUACGGGUAGUCAGUCGGACACAGGAUAUGUCAGCUCUGGAGGUGAGGUGAAGGAGAGUGGCCAGACAGACACUGUAGAGCCAGGACAUGAGAGUGAUGAUGAUAGUGGCCCAAAUUCGUUGGACUUUGCUGCGUUUGACCGUUACCGUACAAGACAUGGAAGUAUAGUUCGCCCGUCUGGUCUGCCUCUGUGGAACCCGACCUCUGCUAUCAAACAACAAGGAUUUGAGAGCAGUGCAGGAGUGUUGAUGGCCAGUGGAGGGGCCGUGGUAGAGGAAGGGGGAGAGGAAGAGCUUCGUCCCAGACUGCGCUCAGGCAGCUUCUCUGAGUCAACGCCUAGACAGCCGCACCCUCCUCUCAAACACACCCCUACCAGUCCCAAGCCGGAGGCUGACUGCUUCAAGCUGCUAACCAGGUCAGAGAGUUUUGCCAACGACGCUGGUAUCCUGGCCAAGCUACAAGUGAUGCGGCAGCAGGACUCUGUGUUGGAGAGGAACGGCCGUUUACCUCACACGGGAAACAGGCUCAGUCAGCCUACCACUGUGUCUAAGUCACUGUUCCGACGACGUGGUAGCCUCAACCUGCGCAGGCUGAAGGAAAGCACUGAGACGGGAAGUUGCGACUCGUCCACAGAGAACCUGGGAGGCAGCUCGACGGACGGGACUGGCAGCUGUGAUGAUCUUGCACAGACCAAGCGAUCCAAGAUUCUCUCCUCGCUGUCAAACAAGAUGAACAAGAUCGGUAGUGACAUGUGGACCCGCAGAGAGGUCAAACCGAGAGGCAAAAGUAGCAGUGAGUCACUAAACAAAUCUCCGAUCAAAUCUCCAUCGAGGACUCCUGUGACGGAGAACGAUCCGUUGGGUGCGUUGAUGAGUGAGGUGGAGGAAAUUGAGAAACGGACUGAAGAAACGCACAAGACCGUGUCUCGUGUAGGCUCGGAGAUUGAACUGGACCAGUCAGGAGCACCUGUGUUGUUUGAUCGCCGCAAGACGGAGUGGGGAGGGGUAAAACGCAGCGCUACGUUCCACGACCAAGGGGAUGAGGAGAGCGAUGAUGAGGAUAGUCGCAACACUGAAUCUCGGCCUAGAGGUAACGGAAGGAAGAGUAUGCAGAGGUCAUCGACCAUGCCCAUAGACGAUAACCCUACGCAAAGUCCUCUUAGUGCUCUCGGGUCAACGUUCAAACUACCCUUCGCCCGCUAUUCCCCCUCAAGAUUCAGUUUGCGGAACAAAGCUGCGGAGCUGCGACUCAACACGCAGAUUAUCGAGGACGCAAUCACAAACUUCAGUCCGAGCCACUUGACCAGUAAGAAGUCCAAUGAGUUGCUGCUCGGAGGUCUCCACAGCCUCAAGACCGCAGCUAACAGUAUGGCCAAGAAGUUUGAUGAAAUCAAGGAGGCCAUAUCUGCCAACAGCACUCCUGUCAAGACCAGUAGCUUACUGAGUGUGGACACUGAUGAAGGAGAGGAUGAGCAGCUGCCUCGUCGCAAGAUAUCUUCGGAGACUGUGACACAACACUUGGACUCCUGGAGUUACAACUUGCUGGAUCUGUUUGGUGACGGGAGCCGCAAAGGCAGUGUAUCCAACCUGCAGCCACUCGGAGAGACCAACAACAGCUGGUGGUCCCAGUUGUAUCUGCUGAAUGAGAAGCUGUACCCCAGACUGGCCCGGGACCCUGAACUGCCUCUAGCGCUGGACAUCUCCAUGACUACAUGCUGCAAGUGUCAUAAUUGCGGCUCUGUGCUGUACGACGAGGAGAUCAUGGCUGGCUGGUCACCAGACGAUUCCAACCUUAACACUAAGUGUGUUUUUUGUGAUAAGGAGACAGUUCCGUUCCUCAACGUCACUGGGCUCGACUAUAGAAACUGUUCAAUCAUGGUGUGCAAAACCAGCGUUGAAAGUCUUGACAAGUCCGUUACAGGAGAGCCCGUGGCAGUGGAGCCAAUCACAGUGCCUUACCUGAACCCUCUGGUGUUGAGAAAAGAGCUGGAGUCAAUACUGCACACAGAGGGCGACGUCUGUCUUACUCAGCCAAAGUUCGUGGACGAGCAUCCCAUCAUAUAUUGGAACAUGGUGUGGGUGUUUGAGAGGCUAGGUGUGGAGUCACAUCUACGUGCUCUGUGUCUACACGCAGCGUCUGUAUUGCAGCAGAGACAAGAGUCUCAGUUGCACCAGUCCUGGGUAUCAGCUGACCACAGUAACGUCACAGUCAAAACCCUCUGGGACAAUCCUCGACUGUAUGACGAGAUAGGACAGCCGAUGUACGUAUUGUGGAGCCAGGACAACCAGCAAAGUUCACUAGUGAGCGCGCUCAUCACUGACAGAACUACCAUCUCACGCAGUGUAAUGGAGCAGAUUAUCAGUUCCGUGAGAUGCAACGACCUUGUGGAUCCACUCAAGCGACUAGCAACCGAGCGGCAGAAGCUAAAGGGACGCCACUCUCUGUACAGGGACAUCCUCUACCUGGCGUUCAAUGUGCUGGGCAGGGAGAAUAUUGACCAAAGUGCCUUUGAUCGUGAGUAUGUUAUGGCGUACGAGACUGUAGAGACUUGUUGUGACUCCAAGCUGUUCCAACGUUGUGAUGUCCCCCCCUCCCAGUCUGUUCUCUUCUGCAGACACGUGUUCCGAGAGUUACAACUGUGACCAUAGCUCUUUAUCCGUUUAUUUAUUGUACGCUAUUUAUUUUUGUUACUUAUCCAAAUAAGCCUUUUUCGUCCAUUAGUAUUAGAUAGAACAAUCUCUUUUUAGAAAUAUUCUCUAUAUAUAAUAUAGAAAUAUGUAAGCAAACUGUGGCCUUUAUCGUUAAGGUUGUAAUUUAUUCUGCUGUUGUAGCUGUUCAAUUUCCUGUUGUGUUAAAGUUUUGUUAUUUCUAAACAUCUCUAUAGAUCUAAGUGUUAGAAUGGUUUGAUAACUAUGAGUUUAAUUGGAACUUGUAUAGUUUAUUUUAAAAUUUUAUCUUUUUACCAUACAGGGUGUUCAAAAAAUGAGGGGACAUAAUUUUCUUAGAUAUUCCUUGGGUCAAAACAUUUGAUAUUUUUUACAUGAAUAGAUUUUUUAACCGAUCUUUAUGAAACAUGGUACAGUAAAAACUCACUAACUUGACACCCGGUAACUUGACAGUUUUUGUAACUUGACAGUCAACAGAUAACAGGUUGCAUGCAAAAAAAAGUAAUUUUUCCAGAACAUUAAAAGUCUGUUAGUUAUGUAUAACAUACAUACCAAGUUUCAUAAAGAUCGGUAAAAAAAUCUAAAAAUAAAUGUUUACUGUAUGUAAAAAAUACAAAAUGGCAUAUAUCUGGUUAACAAAUAGUUUUGGGAAAAAUGUUAUUCUUGAUUUUCUCUUUAUUUUUAUCCAAGAAAUCACUAUGUAAAUUAAUCCCCACCUUUUUUGAACAUCCUUGUUUUUGAGGAUGUUUGAUUUGCCAAAAUUAAUUUAGAUUGGAGCAAUUUGAGAAGCUUAGUAUAACCUUUGACUAUUUAAUACAACUUCAGUAUCCAAUAGUCAAUGGUAUAACUAGGCGAUGGAUGCAAUUAGAUUGCCAAAUAUUUGUGAUAAAUCACAUGUUUUUAUUUUAAAUUCAUAUGUUUUAAUUAGAAACUAAUCAUCAACUUCAGAAUCAUCAUCACUUUAGAUAAUUCAUUAUUUUUAAUUGGUUGAGUUUGAAAAGAACAAUUUUUUUUAUAAAUCUAUAUUACAAUGUAAUAAGCUAAAUAGAUUUCUAUAUUUUUUAUAUCAGUUUUUCGGGUAUGACUCUGAGGCAGCACAAAUUUCCAAUCUGGACUUCUUUAAAAUAAGCCCAUAACACAUGAAAAUUAUAUUGAACUUUUGUCUACUAUAAAAUGUUGGUUCCAAAACACUAGCUCAGUAUUUAUAGGUUUCAAAAUUAUUACUGAACAAAUUAAAAUUAAGUUUAUUAUGUUUCAAAAUAUAAAUAUUUAACACUUUUUAUAUAACAAUUGAAUUAAAAUGUACCUCUGAUCAUAAUGUUUUAAGAGUUUUAUGUUCCCUGUAUGUUUGUGUUUUGUUUGCUCAAUUUUAAUCUUGUGUUAAUCCAUAUGUAAACUAUCUUAUUGUGCCUCAUAGAUUAUCUAAAGACUUUAGUUGUGGAUUUCACUGAAAGGUGAUAUGUUAUUUUUGUAUUACUAAAAAUAGUAAAAAUGUACAUAGAACUGUAUUAUAAUAGCAAUUACUAUGCAGGGUGUGGCAUAAGCUUAUGCUUUGGUUUUGGCUAUGUAUUCUUAGAUUAGCCAAGUCAACUGUUUAUAUUGAUCAAUUAUAUUAAAUGUUAUC